AUGAGUCAUAUGGAGGCCGUUACGGAUGACAAUAAGCCACGCUUUUCUCUGGUUUAUAUCCCGCAUCAUCCGGUGCUCCGCGAGUCCAGCAGUACAACGAAACUUCGCGUCGUAUUUAACGCGUCGUGUAAAACUAGUAACGGCUCUACGUUAAAUGAUUAUCUGAUGACCGGACCUAAGUUACAACGCGAGUUAGCCUCUAUUAUCCUGCGAUGGCGACAAUUCCGCUACGUGUAUACAGCGGAUAUUGAAAAAAUGUUCCGACAGAUUCGCGUUUAUCCGGAUGAUACGGAUUUCCCAUGCGAGUUCUUAAUCAAUUGGCUCUCGAUGAAGGACGCAUUUCCAAAAGCUCAAUCCAUCGUUCAGGAAUUUAUAUACGUCGACGACGUGUUAUUCGGCGCCGACGACGUUCCGGAGCUCAAAGAAAGCCGCGAUCAACUUCAGUCACUAAUGUCGCGUGGCGGUUUUUACUUACGCAAAUGGGCUGCUAACGCGACCGAAUUAUUAGACGAUAUUCCGGCUGGCGAGCACGAAUUAGCUGUCGAACGAAAACUCGGUGAAGACGACCAGUUAAAGGUACUUGGUCUCACGUGGAGACCGCAAGAAGAUUCGUUUUGCUUCCAAAUAGAUAUACCUACUGCCGACUUUAAUACUAAACGAACCAUUCUAUCAUUUAUCGCAAAGGUCUUUGACCCAUUAGGAUGGGCAUCUCCGAUAGUAAUUACCUCUAAAAUAAUGAUCCAAGAGCUGUGGAUCAGAAAAUAUGACUGGGAUUCUCCUGUAUCUGCCGAGUUAUUAGAGCCGUGGAGAAAGUAUUGCUCGGAAUUUUCCAAACUAAAUGAAAUACGCAUCCCGCGCUGA